AUAAAAUCAAAACAAAGCAAGGAAAAGAUUUGGUAUCGGAUUAUCAAAGUGCAUUAGAGAAAAUAUAAACCUAAGUAGCCGAAAAAUAUAAAAAAAUGUCUUUAGACGAUGUAGAAAAGUGUGUUGCACCAGGACAAAGUGGUCAAUGGAACUCACUGUAUGUACUUUUAGGCGUAAUUUUAAUACCAGUUGCUUUGCCCUUUGUACUUAUGGAAUGUUUUUAUCGACUCCGAGUUAAAAGGUAUCGCAAUGAAUUAGCUGAAAAGGUUGUGUUGAUAACUGGUGCCAGCUCUGGUUUGGGAGAAUCUUUGGCACAUGCAUUUUACAAAUCCGGCUGUAAAUUAAUUUUGGCAGCUAGGCGAAUUGAAGAACUAGAACGGGUUAAAAAGGACUUAUUGGGCUUAGAUGUGGGCACCGUUACAUUUCCACCGGUUAUCCUGCCUUUAGAUUUGGCAGAAUUAAAUGAUAUUCCCACAUUUGCACUAAAAGCACUAGAAAUUCAUAACCAAAUUGAUAUACUAGUUAAUAAUGGUGGUAUAAGCGUUCGAGCAACAGCUAUUUCUUCUGCUGUGGAUAUUGAUUUGAAAUUGAUGGUCGUCAAUUAUUUCGGCUCAGUGGCUUUGACUAAAGCUUUAUUACCAUCGAUGUUAAAGCGGAAAAGUGGGCAUAUUUGUUUCAUAAGUUCAGUACAAGGUAAAUUUGCCCUACCUUAUCGCUCGGCGUACUCUGCUUCCAAACAUGCCUUGCAAGCUUUUUCGGACUCGUUACGUUCAGAAAUAGCUAACAAGGGAGUACAUGUGGCAUGUAUAAGCCCAGGGUAUAUACGCACACAGCUGUCAAUGAAUGCACUUACAAGUAGUGGAGAAACUUAUGGAAAAAUGGAUAAAACAACGAAUUUAGGAAUGCGACCAGAAAAAGUAGCUAAUCGUAUUUUAAAUGCAAUUGUAUGCAAAGAAAAAGAUGUAAUGAUCUCCGCUUUACAAGCGAAAUUCGCAUAUUACGUUCGAUACAUAUGGCCAUCGUUUUACUUCUGGAUAAUUGAAAAACGGGCAAGGAGACUGGAAAAGGAGGAAGCUGCUGAGCAAAAGAAAAUAAAAUGAGCAGCAUAUUCUAAAACUAUUUGUCAGGUAAAAUUACACUACGCAAAAGAGGGGCAAACUACAUACAUAUAUGACAAAAGUAUAAAUAAG